GAAGGAAGCGGAGCGGGGCCGGGGCCGGGGCGCGUUGGGGCGCGGGGCGGGGGGGCCAUGGGCGUCCCCAAGUUCUACCGCUGGGUCUCGGAGCGGUACCCGUGCCUCAGCCAGGUGCUGAAGGAGCACCAGAUUCCAGAAUUUGACAACUUAUACCUGGACAUGAAUGGCAUUAUACAUCAGUGUUCACAUCCAAAUGAUGAUGAUGUUCACUUCAGAAUCUCAGAAGAUAAGAUUUUUGCUGAUAUUUUUCACUAUUUGGAAGUACUGUUUCGCAUUAUUAAGCCAAGGAAGGUUUUCUUCAUGGCAGUUGAUGGUGUAGCUCCAAGAGCAAAAAUGAAUCAGCAGCGUGGGAGACGUUUUAGAUCAGCAAAAGAGGCAGAGGACAAAAUAAAAAAGGCAUUAGAAAAGGGAGAAACUCUACCUACUGAAGCCAGAUUUGACUCCAACUGUAUUACACCAGGAACUGAAUUCAUGGCCAGAUUGCAUGAACAUCUUAAAUAUUUCGUCAAUAUGAAAAUUUCUACAGACAAAUCCUGGCAGGGAGUAACAGUCUACUUAUCAGGCCAUGAGACUCCAGGGGAAGGAGAGCAUAAAAUUAUGGAGUUCAUCAGAUCAGAAAAAGCAAAGCCCCAUCAUGAUCCAAACACAAGACACUGUCUCUACGGCUUAGAUGCUGAUUUGAUUAUGCUGGGAUUAACAAGUCAUGAGGCACACUUUGCGCUCUUAAGAGAAGAAGUCAGAUUUGGUGGUAAAAAAUCUCAAAGAGCAUGUGCACCAGAGGAAACCACAUUUCAUUUACUGCACUUAUCCCUGAUGAGAGAAUAUAUUGAUUAUGAAUUUUCACCAGUAAAAGAUAAGAUUCCAUUUGAAUAUGAUAUUGAAAGGAUAAUAGAUGAUUGGAUCUUAAUGGGUUUCCUUGUAGGCAAUGAUUUUAUUCCUCAUCUACCUCAUUUACACAUUAAUCAUGAUGCACUGCCGCUACUUUAUAGAACAUACAUGGCCAUCUUGCCAGAACUGGGAGGUUACAUAAAUGAAAAUGGGCAUCUGAAUUUAAAACGCUUCGAGAAGUAUCUCACGAGAUUGUCAGAUUUUGAUCGUGAACACUUUAGUGAAGUCUUUGUAGACCUAAAAUGGUUUGAAAGUAAAGUAGGCAAUAAAUACCUCAACGAGGCAGCUGGUAUUGCAGCAGAGGAAGCCAGAAACAAUAAACAAAAGAAACAGAAGGCUCAGGAAAAUUCUCUGUGUUUGGCUGCAUUAGAAAAAAAUGAAGUUGUGACCUCUAGAACUGUGUUGGAAGAUGAACCAGAAGAUGAUGAUCUGUUUGAAACAGAGUUUAGGCAAUACAAGAGAACUUACUACAUGACUAAAAUGGGUGUAGAAGUAGUUUCUGAUGACUUCCUGGCUGAUCAAGCUGAAUGUUAUGUCCAGGCAAUACAAUGGAUUUUGCAUUAUUAUUACCAUGGAGUUCAGUCAUGGAGCUGGUAUUACCCAUAUCAUUAUGCACCUUAUCUGUCAGAUAUUCGCAACAUCAGUGAACUCGAAAUCAAAUUUGAACUGGGAAAACCUUUCAUGCCAUUUGAACAGCUUCUUGCUGUACUUCCAGCAGCUAGCAAAGAUCUAUUACCUAAAUGUUACCAGCAUUUGAUGAUUAGUCAAGACUCUCCUAUUAUAGAAUAUUAUCCACCAGACUUUAAAACUGACCUGAAUGGAAAACAGCAAGAAUGGGAAGCUGUGGUAUUAAUCCCUUUUAUUGAUGAGAAACGACUGUUGCAGGCCAUGGAAUCAUGUAAUAAGUGUCUAAAAGAAGAGGAGAAACGCAGAAAUACUCACAGUGCCUGCUUAAUGUACUGGUAUGACAAAGAUGCAGAGUUCCAGUACAUGUCUCCUUGGCCAGAGAGGUUUCCUGCAAUUGGAAGGUGUCUUACCAGGUAUAAAACAAUACCAUUGGAUGCUUGGCAUGUAGAAAUUACCCACAAUCAGAUAACUAAAAUCAACAAGAGUGCAUUAUAUUUUUGUGGAUUUCCUACUUUAAAGCACAUUAAACAUAAGUUUUAUCUUAGAAAAAGUGGUGUGCAGGUGUUUCAGCAAAGCAGCCAUGGAGAAAACAUGAUGUUAGAAAUCAUAACUGAUGAAAACUCAAAAGAUCAAACAGUCGAAAAUGUUGCCAGUUUGAUACUUGGAAAGCUUGUUUUUGUUAACUGGCCACACCUUGAAGAAGCCAGAGUUGUUGCUGUGUCAGAUGGAGAAACCAAGUUCUACUUGGAAGAACCACACGGAACACAGAAGCUCUACAUGGGAAAUGCGGUGCCCCCAACUAAAGUGGCAUAUGUUGGAGAUAAGGAACAAAGCAUGUGGUUAAAAGAAGUGCAAGGUCUUUCAGAGCAUUACCAGAGAAGAAAAGGAAUAAUUAUUCAUGAAACAUCAAUAGUUGUGUAUGCUCAGUUACUCACUGGCAAUAGAUAUCAACUAAACCAAAAUGGUGAAGUAUAUUUGGAGAAGCAGUGGUCAAAACAAGUUCUUCCUUUUGUUUACCAAACUGUUGUCAAGGAUAUCAAAGCCUUUGACUCUCGUUUUUCAAACAUCAAAACUUUGGAUGACUUGUUUCCCCCUGGGAGCACAGCCUUUAUGCUGGGAUCUCCUUACUAUGGCUGCAUGGGAGAAGUUCAAGAUUCACGUGAUGUGAUCCCAGAAGGUAGAAUUCGUGUAGUUUUCAAUAUUCCUUGUGAACCCCAGCUUGAUCCUUUAAUACAGAAUCAGCAUAAAUACUCUGUGAAAUACAAUCCUGCAUAUAUUUUGGCCAGCCGUCUUGGAGUAAGUGGAUAUCUAGUCUCCAGAUUUACAGGGAGUAUCUUUAUUGGAAGAGGAUCAAAGAAAAAUCCUCAUGGAGAUCACAAAGCAAACGUGGGGCUGAACCUGAAGUUCAAUAAGAAAAACGAAGAAGUUCCUGGCUAUACUAAGAAAGUUGGAAGUGAAUGGAUGUAUUCUUCUGCAGUAGAACAACUACUUGCUGAGUAUUUAGAAAGGGUUCCUGAGUUGUUUAAUUAUAUAGCCAAGAAUAGCCAGGAAGAUAUAUUCUAUGAAGAUGACAUUUGGCCUGGCGAGGAUGAGAAUGGAGCUGAGAAAGUUCAAGAAAUUGUUGCCUGGUUAAAGGCACAUCCUGUCUCUGCUUUAUCUCGCUCAUCUUGUGACUUACAAAUUUUGGAUGCAGCCAUUGUUGAGAAAAUUGAAGAAGAAAUAGAGAAAUGCAAGCAAAGAAAGAGCAACAAGAAGGUGCGAGUAACUGUGAAACCCCAUUUGCUAUACAGAUUCUUGACAUAUGACCAGCUGCUCAUCUGCCUGAUAUUUCUCAGAUACCCACCCAUGUUACUGAUACAGCCUUUAGAACAACAGAAUGGGGUUGUUCCAGAUAGAGAUGCAGAAUAUAAGCUGUUUGAUCGUGUUGUCAAUGUGAGAGAGAAUUUUUCUGUUCCUGUUGGUCUUCGAGGUACCAUUAUAGGAAUUAAAGGAGCUAGUAGAGAAACAGAUGUUCUCUUCGAAGUUUUGUUUGAUGAAGAAUUCCUGGGAGGCCUAACUAUAAGGUGCUCACCCGCCAGAGGCUAUCGUCUGCCGUCAAGUGCCUUAAUUAGCCUGUCUCAUGGUAGUCGGUCAGAAAUGGGAAAUCAAAAACUGACAGCCAUAGUUAAACCUCAGCCAGCCGCAAAUAACUACAACUCAUAUGCAUCUGAUCUGUCAUCUGUAUGCUCACAAAAAGUGCAUCUGGGAGGCCUCAACCAUUCACCUCGCUCCCUUUUUGUUCCUACGCAACAACUGAAUGGAAGACAGCAUUACAAUCUCAGGGCUGAAAAUCAGGGCACCUCCAACUCACCCCACAAAGGAUCAUUUCUGAGUGGCAAUCAGAAAAACAAAGCACAAAGUAAGCAAGAUGAUGAAUUCUGCAGUAUAUGGCAAUCAUUGCAGGUUUCUGGGAAGUCUUACCACACUCAGCAAAACAUGCAUGAGAAGGGUGCAGUUCUACCUCAGGAAAUCAAGCUGGGAACUAGUAAUCAGUUCUGUAAGCCAGUCUUCAAUGACAGCAGCUUUAAAGGUCAGCAAAGAAAACAGGAGACAUAUAAAAAAUUUAAAGAAGAUUCCAAAGUGACAAGAGAUGAAAAUCAGCCACAUAAUAAAGUACCAAACAAACAGAAUUUUGCAGGUGUGAAUAAGUAUAAUGUCAAACUUCUGAAGAGAAAUGAAAGUCCCAGUGUCAUUCAGAAGGCAGCAGUUGAUGGUCCAUGUACAGGUGGAAAGAAGGACAAUGAUCUUGAAAGUGUUCUAGCUGCUUUGAAAAUUUCCAAAGAGAAUGAAGUGCAGACUUAUUCCAAGGAAGCAAGAGCUACAAAUGAAGAACAUCUGUCACCACAAUCAUUUGCUAUGAAAGGUACGCAGAUGCUCAAAGAAAUUUUGAAGAUAGACGGCUCUGACAUGGAAAUGAGGAAUGAAGUGAAAUCCCAAGUUAGUGAUGUUCCUGCUCCCCCAAGUAGACAGGAUUGCCACAGAGCUGCUUUGCAAUAUAGACAACCAAAAAAAAUGGCUGCUUAUAUGAACAAGCCUCACAGUACUGGAGGCACUCAGAAUACACCAGCACUGGAAACUGGAGGUCACCCUUUUGUUGGUCCACAGCCUGCAAUGUCUACUCCUGUUUCUGAACUUUCUCGUAUUUGUUCUCUUGUUGGAAUGUCGCAACCAGAUUUCUCUUUUGUAAAAACACCACAGACUAUGACAGUUUGUCACAUAAAAUUAUCCAAUGGAUUGUUGGUUCAUGGACCACAGUGUCAUUCUGAAGCUGAAGCAAAGGAGAAAGCUGCUCUUUUUGCUUUACAGCGUUUGAGCUCUAUAGGAGUGAACUUCGCUUUGCCUCCACCUCCCCCUCCACCUGUGUUUCCAAAUUAUCAACCACUGGGAGUUCCUGUACCACCUGGACCUAUUCCUCCAGUCUUUACACAACCCCCUGCUAAUAUGAUGCCUCCGUCAUCCCACAUGUUUGGUCCAGUGUCCUGGGGAGCUCCAGUGCCUAUUCAUAGCAAACAUUAUUAUCCUGGUUCCUAUCCAGGAAACGUGUCUCUUGCAGGAACUAUACCAGUUGGCUCUCACAACCAGUUCAUACCUCUGCAGGUAACUAAAAAAAGGGCUGCUAGCAAGAAAAACUUUGAGCUCAAGGAGUUUCAGAGUUCCCCUCAAGCUGCACCACUAAAGAAUGAACAGCCAGUGUCUUCUGACCACAUUCAGCAAGAUAGCUCUUCAACUCCUUUAAAAUCUCCUCAAGCUGCUCAAUCCACUGUUUCAUUUCAAGACAAUGUGGCUACUCCAAGUGUUCCUCAUAACAAAUCAACACCAAACACUUCCAGCAAGCGAAAGCCAAGAAAGCUGGCUGUGAAUUUUGGCGCACCAAAAUCUUCAGAAUAAAUAUGGUAGCUAGGUGUAUUUUAUUUUUAACUCUUCCCCCACUGUUAUGUUAUAUCAUUUAAAAAAAUCAGAAAGCUCUAUUAAAAAGACCUGCCACUUUACAUUUAGUAUAGAACAAAAUACAUUUUAUUUGCUAUGAAUUUCAGGUUGUUACAAAAACAGAAAGUGAUGUUAAAACUUAAUUAUUUUGACUUAAAUCAGGAAAAGGCAGGAAAUGCUGAGUUAAGGUUACCAUGCCAUCCAUUGUGCCUAGGUUUCUGAACAGUGGCUUACAGACUAUACUGGGUAAGCAGCAAUAACAGUGGCAACCUUAAUUCAGAAUCACUGUGCUUUUUGAGUGGGAUAUGGAGCAGUAAUAAGUUGGGCAUCAAACAUUGCUUAGCAUGACACUUUGUAUUCGAGCUUAUUUUUAAAUAGUGUAAUAAGAUAAAAAGGAAAAACUAUUUAAGUGCAGUUUUCAUAUUGGAUCUCCAGGUCCUAUUGAGUUGAAUCAGUGUGAUUAAAACUUAGCUACAGCAGAACUGCCAAAUUCGCUGUAAUUAUGAACUGCUAGGUUUUAUGCCAGGGGGCAACAAUUUUACAACUUUCAAAAUUCAGGUAUUGUUAUAUCUCUACUACACAGUGUCAAGAUGUGGUUGCUAAUGCAGAAUCCGUUCCAGGAGAUAUAUUUAUAGGAUGUAUUGAAUAAAAACAUAGUUAAAAAGUAGAGACCUCACUGGUAAAGUACUUCUUUUCUAUUUUUUUUAAGCUAGCAGCACUGACAAUUUCUUUGUUUUCUGUUGAUAAAUUAACAUGGAUAUCUACAUAGCCCCCUAAAAUGCCAGUGAUAUCCUGAAAUUUAAUAAGAUGAGUGGAGUUCAAAGAUGUCCAUUUGUGUAGUAUGGCUGUCAAAAUUAUGCUUACUCAUAGUCCAUUCUUCCCUCCAAUGUACCCUGAAACCUUCUAUAUGGCGUGUUAUUUUUUUUGUGGCUAGGCGACUUUUAGUAUUUAUUUUUGGUUUUGCGAUAGAAGUUCUAUGUAGAAAAAUUGUCAUUAUGUUAUUAGAAACUUAUUGCAGUUAGUUCCAUAACAAAAAGUUGACUUGUGUUCUUGGAGGGAGCUAUGUCAUAAGAACUAAUUACAUUACGUGUAGUUCAUGUAGAAAAAGAGAAGGCUCAGAGGUACCUGUACUAUUUUUUUUUACCCAUGUGUACUGUUCUUACAUUAACGAGAAUUCUUCAGUUUAAGAAUUUGAAGCCUCAGUUGGUGCUGUUUACUGACAUUUAUUAGAUUUCAUUUUGCUUAAUUCUAAUCUGUUUGAGGAAAAAUAUUUUUCCUUUAAAACCAGCAGUUUAGAAAUAAAUUACAUUCUAGUGAUUCAUUUUUAUUGUUUCCAGACAGGUUUCAUAUUGGAUCUGCAAGUCUGUAGACUUUGUUUCAGUUCAACUUUCAUAUUAUUAUUAUUUUAUGGGAUUUUAAAAUAUUAAUAUAUCAAAAUGAGCAGUAAACCCUAUAAAAAGGUUCAUAGAGGUAAAAACAGGGCCAAGAAAUUUUACUUCAUUUUACUUAGUAUUACAAACCUUGUAGAAUAUUCUAUAUAUAGUCUUAAAAAUACAUUGAUUUUGUUGUUUUCUUUAUAUCCACGUAGUUUCAAGAAGUUUUAAAGCCAUAUUACACGAAGGAGAAGUUCUACAUUUUGGUGAUUUAUUGUCAUUAACAAUGUGAUACUGACAGGAUGUUGACAUGCUGAUAUUUCAGAAGUGUUCAUAUGAAAUUUUGUUAUGAGAGACAGUUGUUAGUCCCCUAUAUCCUAUAUGGAUUGCCUGCUCAUCAGAGACAAGAUCUGUUCAGAAAUUACUGUGAUGGAGAAUAGAGUGCAUUAGAUUCUCAUGCAUCACCUGAUCUUCCAGAUUGCAGUCUCCUUUAAACUUCACCACAGGUGUCGUCAUAAAAGACUUAAGGUCAUUAUGAUUGCUAAAGUGUUGUGGUUUUACUUCUGAACUUAGAUUAAAAUACAGAAUUUGGUUAUAUCUGGAUAGCCAAUUUAUGCAGAUUUUGGAAAAAAAAAAUUAUGAAGGACACUAUACCACUAAUACCAGUAAAAACAGCAAUUUUUAUUAAUCACUUCCUGUUUUCAGACUAACACCUCCUCCCUCUCUUCUGGUAGAAUUGCUAUAUUUAAUAUAUGUAGCUGGUUAAACACUUAAUUCCGUAGCUGCUGCAUAUUGUAUUAGUCCCUGGGUUUUAGUAUAUAUAUUCUGUGAUACUGACUGUCUGGUGCCCAGUUAAUUACAGUUCUACAUGUCCUGGUACAUAUGACAUCUGCAUUGACCUAUGCCAUGUCCCCUAUGAUUUCAGUUUUAUAUUUUAAUGAGGUGAUUAUGUUUAAUUCAUACAGGUAUAAAUUUAAGCAUUUGUUUUUCUCAUAGAUAUAAAGUAUUUUGUAAGCACUGGAAUUUUUCAUUAGAUCUUAUACAGAGCAGUAUUUUACUAAAAAUCCAAAAGGGAAGACUUUUAUGUGUGCAUUUUUGUAGUUUCUGAUUUUUUUUAAAUAACUUUUCAUUGUUUAUCUGCCAAGUGAAAUGUUUUAAAUUUGCAUAUGAAUGGAUACAGAAUGUAUUUUUUGUGCUGUUUAGUGUUAGUGUGCAUUUGCAGAUUUUUAGCAUGUAGCUGCACAAAGGACUGUGCAAAGAUAUUUUAAAAUAUGAAUAUAUGAUACACUGAAGGAAAAACAUUCAUAAGAGUUAAAUGCUAUAUAAAACUUUAAUGCAAUAGAAUAAUUUUAUAAAUUGUGUCUGUGUCUGCUUGGAUUAAAUAUUGAAAAAAAAAAAAAACAUUACUUAUUUCCACUGUUUUAUUUUCAAAUACUAUAUGGGAACUUCUGUAUGCUCCAAACCAAAAUUUUAAGAUACAAAUUCACGUAGCCCAAGUUUUUGUGAUUCUCAGAAGCAGCGACUGCCCACCUCCUGUGAGCUAUUUCUUGAUGGCUUUCAACUACUAUUCAGUUAAAGAUAUGUAAUUUGUUAAAAAGGCCGUUGGUCAGUUUGCAAUCAAAAGCAUUAACUAGAUGGUGAUCUUCUGAAAAUUCUUUAGCACCUGUCACCUGUUAGAUUAAAAAUAAAAUAACGCUACGUAAAGGCAGUAAGAUUACUUUCUAGCAAGUUCAGUCUUAGUGGUUCUUAUCAAGGUGUGAAGACAGCUGAAAAAUAGGAGGAAUAAUGGGUACCUGGAAGUAUUUGAUAACCUAAUGUGAAACCCUUUUGUGUAUCUGGAGCAAAAUAUUAUGCUGAUAUCUCUGCUAAAAUAGAGUAAGGAUAGGUACCUCAUUUGUAACAAGGCUUUUGACUGAAACAUAAUGGCAAACUGUACUAAGACAGUGUAAUGUGUUUAAAUUUCUUCAAGAAAGACAUGGCAAAUUCUAUUUUGUAAUUAGAUUUCUCCAUAAUAAUAGCAGGUUUUUAAAACAACUGCCUAAUUAAUGUUAUUAGAUUUUAAUCUUAUUUUAGAGAGGGUAAAUAAAAUAAAUCCCUUUGCCUUUGUACUGUGUGUAUAUGUGUGUGUAUAUAUAUAUACAAUGUGCUGGAUUUCUUUGUCUCUAAGGGUAUGUUCAAACUUCUCUUGUUCCCUUUUAAAGCACAGUGAACACUGUAGUCGUGCCAGAUAAUUUUCAGUACCUUCGGUUGUGACUUACGAAUUUGGUUAGGAUCUGUCUUUUGCCUACUACAGCAACAGGUGUUAUUCUCCUUCUCACAGAUUAUUAUGUGAAUUAACAUGAUUAAAAGGAAUACAGUAUAAAGAUUGGAGUAUACUCAUAAUGUGAUCAACUGUGUAACUUUGU